UAAAAUCAAAAUUUAAAACUGAAUAAAAAUUUUCUUUUUAAUAAUUAUCACAAGAAAAGAAAAAGUAAACUAAACUUGUAUAUAUCUUGAAAUUAUUAGCAAAAAAUAGAAAGAAAUUCGAAAAUAAUAAAGUUUCCAGAUUUACUUCCUUUAAAAUCUCAAUUGAUAAGGUUUACAUUUAUUAAAAAAAAAUCAAAAUUGAUAAUUAUUAGCCACCGCCUUAACUAAUCGCUAUAAAUACCUAUCUCAUCAAAGCUUAUUGUUCACACUUUCAUUCCAUCUCAGUUCUCUCUCUCUCUCAAAACCCUAGUUUUCCAUUAGAAUUUGAUUAAGAAUGUCUUUUAGUCAAAAUCGUGAGCCUAUCACCAUUGAGGAUGGAUUUAAACUCAUUGAUGCGGCUGUUACCAAGCUCACAAGGAUUAUUGAAGGAAAACCUGAACCACCCUUUCUGCCUGAAGAAUAUAUUGGAAACUACACAAUAGUUUACAAUAUGUGCAUCCAGAAACCACCUCAUGAUUCGUCUGGACCGCUUUAUGAAAAGUAUGGUGCCAUCCUUCAAGCUUAUGACAAGCUUACGAUCUUGCCCUCUAUCAUGGAGAAGCAUGAUGAAUACAUGCUAAGAGAGGUUUCACGAUGGUGGGAGAUUAAUAAAAUUAUGGUUAGGUGGUUAUCUCACUUCUUCUACUAUCUUGACCGUUACUACAUUGCACGGAAUGGCAUACCAAGCCUAACUGUAGUUGGCAUGACCUGUUUCCGCGACCAUGUUUACGAAAAAGUUCACUUCAAUGUCAAACAAGUUGUUAUAGCACUGAUUCAUAAAGAGCGAGAGGGCCAACAGAUUGAUAGGGCACUAUUGAAGAACGUGUUAGAUCUCUUUGUUCAGAAUGGGAUGGGAAACAUGGAGAGGUACGAAAAGGAUUUUGAGGACUUCUUUCUUACAGAAACAAAUUCUUACUAUUCUCGCAAGGCCUCAAGCUGGAUCCAAGAGGAUUCUUGCCCUGAGUACAUGAUCAAGGCCGAGGAGUCUUUAAAGAAGGAGAAGGAGAGAGUCUCACACUACCUUCAUUCAGACACCGAGCCCAAACUAGUUGCUAAUGUGCAAACCAAUUUGUUGGUUUCGGUUGCAAAACAGCUUCUGGAAAAGGAGAACUCAGGCUGCAGCGCAUUGCUGAGAGAUGACAAGACGGAUGAUCUCUCGAGGAUGUACAGGCUUUACCAUGCAAUCCCCCAAGGGUUGGAACCUGUUGCGGUAGCUUUUAGGCUUCAUGUUACCGCAGAAGGUAACUCUCUUAUCAAACAAGCGGAAGACGCAGCUACUAGUGGUAUCGUGGAGGAACAGGUUCUUGUCAGAAAGAUAAUUGACUUGCAUGAUAAGUACAUGGCCUAUGUCACGGACUGCUUUCAGAACCACACCUUAUUCCAUAAGUCGUUGAAAGAAGCCUUUGAAAUCUUUUGUAACAAGAAAGUGGCUGGAAGCUCAAGUGCAGAGAUGCUUGCAACGUUUUGUGACAAUGUUUUCAAGAAGGCAGCCAAUGACAAGUCCAAUGAUGACUCUACUAUUGAGUCUACCAUUGACAAUGUGGUUAAGCUGCUUGACUACAUAAGUGACAAGGAUCUUUUCGCAGAGUUCUACAGGAAGAAGCUAGCACGUAGGCUAUUAUUCGGAAAGUUUAGUGACGACCAUGAAAGAAGUAUACUUACAAAGCUCAAAGGACAGUUCGGUGGACAGUUUACUUCAAAGAUGGAGGGAAUGGUGACGGAUAUGCAAUUGGGAAAAGACCAGCAGACUGGCUUCGAGGAAUAUUUAAAAAAUGCCAAUACAGGUAAACCCAAAGGUGUUGAUUUCACGGUCACUGUUCUGACCACUGGUUUUUGGCCAAGUUACAAGACUUCAGACCUCAAUCUCCCACUCGAAAUGGUCAACUGUAUUGAGAGUUUCAAGGCUUAUUAUGAGAUCAAAACCAAACACAGGAGACUUAUGUGGAUUUACUCUCUGGGAAAUUGUAAUCUUACUGCAAGAUUCGAUGCUAAACCUAUCGAGUUGAUAGUUUCUACCUACCAGGCUGCUGUGCUUUGUGCUUUCAACCACACAGAAAGAUUAACCUACCAGGAGCUCAUUGAUCAACUAAACCUUAGCCAUGAAGAUCUUGUAAGGGUGCUUCAUUCACUCUCAUGCGCAAAGUACAAGUUUCUUAAAAAGGAACCAGCCUCAAAGACCAUCUCUAAAACCGAUUCUUUCGAAUUCAACUCCAAGUUCACCGAUAAGAUGCGGAGAAUCAAGGUGCCUCUUCCUCCAGUGGAUGACCGCAAGAAAGUAGUUGAGGAUGUUGAUAAAGAUAGACGUUACGCUAUUGAUGCUUCUCUUGUGCGGAUCAUGAAGAGCAGAAAAGUGUUGCCUCAUCAACAGUUAGUCUCUGAAUGUGUUGAGCAGCUUAGCCGAAUGUUCAAGCCUGAUAUAAAGAUGAUCAAGAAACGUAUUGAGGAUUUGAUCACCAGAGAUUAUUUGGAGAGGGAUACUGAAAACCCCAACACUUUCAAAUAUGUCGCCUAGUCAAAGAGAGCAAAGAAAAAUGUUGUUUAGUUUUCGUCUUUAAUACAUUCUUCUCUUUCGGUUUUUUUCCUAAAAAUAUUUGAUAUUACUUUUUUUCUGAUAUAUAAUAAUGUGUUUUACUCUUUA